AGGUUACAGCCUCAUACAGGGACACACACACACGCAGCGCCCUGGCAGACGGACCAAGGAGGACGGAGCGGACGGCAGAGAGAAACCUGUAAGAGAAACCCGACGAAGACCGCGGAAGGAAACAAGAGAGAAAGGAAGGAAAGAAGGAAAGAAGGAAGGAAGGAAAAGGACGCCCCCAAGGAGAGACACAGAGAGAGAUCAGGAGAGAGAAGCACAGGCAGGAGAAGUUAGUGACAGGUGCGGUGUUGCUGAUCAGAAACUGAAUCAGCGUCAUCGCAAAUAAAGGAGUGGGCCUGUAAACCUGUCCCUGAGACGCUCUAGAGAGGCCUUCAGCUCCCUCUGCUUGUGCUGUCUGUGUGUGUGUGUGCGGGUCUGUGUGUGUUUGUGUGUGUGUGUGCGUCUACAAGAGAAAGUAAGUCACUGCAAAUUUCCGUUAGAGGGAACAAACGAAAAUAUCUUCGUUAUCAACCCGUCGAUUGUCUGAAUAGUCGUGCGAGGCGGUCUCCUUGCUCCGGUCCAACCGACGUUUAGUGUAACCAACGGUAACCUUGACCCCUCCCCUACUCAAAAAAACAACAACAACCCACUCACAACCAAGACAAACAACAACAACACCCAGACACCCAUCGUCCGCCCUCAUGGCUCCCAAGAAGAGGGCCUCCCGCCAGAAGAAGACCCCCGGUGACGGGGACGUCUCCCCGGCCCCCGCGGUCGCGGUCGCCAUGGACGCCAGCUCGCUGAAGGUGGAGAGCCGCGGCGACGGCGUGGUGGUGGUGAUGGAGUGCGGCGUGAAGAAGAUCGAGCAGAUGGCGGCGCUGGACAUGGUGCAGCUCAACAGCCUCAACCUGCCCCUGCUGCCGCCCGCCGUCAAGCCCGGCGAGCGAGGCCUGGGCCUGGGCUGCGAGCUGACCCGGCCCCUGCACGGCAACGCCCUGCUGGAGGAGCUCAGCAAGAUGCGCCAGGAGAGGUUCCUGACCGACCUGGAGCUGGCCUGCAAGAGCAAGGCCUUCGACGUCCACAAGCUGGUCAUCUCCUCCGUCAGCCAGUACUUCAGGGAGAUCCUGGCCAAGGACCCCGGCAUGAAGCGCCUGGAGCUGCCCUCCCUCUCACCUCUAGGUCUGGCCAACGUGAUCACCUUCGCCUACCUGGGCCGCGUGCACAUGUCCCUGUACACCAUCGGCUGCACGUUGUCGGCCGCCACCACCCUGCAGAUCCCGCAGCUGCUGAAGAUGUGCAUGGACUUCCUGCUGGCCGAGCUGAACCUGACCACGUGCGUGUACGUGUGGAACAUCGCCGCGGCGUACGGCCUGCUGCCCGUGAGGGACGCCGCCCGCCGCUUCGUGCUGGACAACUUUGUGCCCUUCGCCGAGACGGCGCUGUUCAACCAGCUGACCCUGGAGCAGAUCUCCGCCUUCCUGCGGGACGACAGCCUGGUGCUGCCCAGCGAGGUGGUCGCCUUCCAGCUGGCCAUGAAGUGGAUGGACUUCGACGAGGCGCGCCACGGGCACGGCGCCGAGCUGCUGGCCCACGUGCGCUUCGAGACCAUCCCGGCCAGCGAGCUGGUCAGCCAGGUCCAGCCGGUGGCGCGCAUGAUGCUGGAUCCUCAGUGCCACCGCCUGCUGGUGGACGCCAUGAACUACCACCUGCUGCCCUACCAGCAGAACACGCUGCAGUCGCGCCGCACACAGGUCCGCGGCGGGCAGCAGACCCUGCUGACCAUCGGGGGACGCCCCUCCAUCACCGAGCGCGCCCUGAGCCGCGAGGUGCUGUGGAGGGACCCCCGUGAGGGCGCGGCCACCUGGCGCCACCUGUCCCAGCUUCCCGCCAAGAGCUUCAACCAGUGCGUGGCGGUGAUGGACGGCUUCCUGUACGUGGCCGGGGGGGAGGACCAGAACGACGCCCGCAACCAGGCCAAGCACGCCGUCAGCACCCUCAGCAGAUACGACCCCCGCUUCAACACCUGGCUCCACCUGGCCAGCAUGCGCCAGCGCCGCACGCACUUCUCCCUGGCCGCCACCGGGGGGCGCCUGUUCGCCAUCGGCGGCCGCAACGUGGAGGGCCUGCUGGCCACCACCGAGAGCUACCUGCCCUCGGCCAACGCGUGGCAGAUGCGCGCCCCCAUGGAGGUGCCCCGCUGCUGCCACGCCAGCGCCACCCUGCCCUCGGGCGACAUCCUGGUGUCCGGCGGCUACAUCAACUGCGCCUACUCGCGCUCCGUGGCGUGCUACAGCGUGGAGAGCGACAGCUGGAGCGAGCGGCCCUCCCUGGAGACCCCCCGCGGCUGGCACGUCUCCGCCACGCUGGGCGGCAACGUGUACGUGGCGGGCGGGAGUCAACUUGGAGCGGGCGGCGAGCGCGUGGACGUGCUGUCGGUGGAGGUGUUCUCGGCGGAGGGCGGGGCCUGGAGCCGGGCGGCACCGCUACCGCUGGGCGUGAGCACGGCGGGGCUGUCACCGCUGGGCGACAAGCUGUACCUGCUGGGCGGCUGGAACGAGGCGGAGAAGCGCUACAAGGCGGCGGUGCAGCGCUACGACCCGGCCACCGACAGCUGGUCCCUGGCCGAGGACCUGCCCGAGCCCACCGUGGGCGUGUCCUGCUGCACGCUGACCCUGCCGCCGCGCCAGGCCGCGAGGAGGCCGCAGCACCGCAACACGCCGCAGACCGCCCACGAGGAGCCGGCCAGGGUCCGGAGCCGGGAGAGCAGCGCCAACCCGCCCCUGAUCAUCAGCACAUAGGCAGAGAGAGAGGGACAGAGGGACAGAUGGACAGAGAGAGACAGAGAGAGAGAGGGGGUAACGGGAUGGAGGGGUCGAGGCUGAGAUGGUUGUCAGAGGGAAGGGUAAAAUACGCAAGAAGUGAUGCGCCCAGAUUCUAGAUGAGACAGACGAGCAGUUGGCUGAGUAGGAGGAGAUGAGGGCUGUGUAGUGAUGGGGGUCUCAAACCCGUGGCUCGAGGGCCAAAUCUGGCCCCCCGCCCCGUAGGUUCAGAAUAAACAAACAAAUGUAGGCCCUUUCUGUUCCACUUUGGUUGGACGUUAGGUUGAAUCAGGUUUAAGAGAAUAAAGUAACAUUUGGUUUUGGAACACCGUGUAUUGAAUAAUUAUUUAGAUCUAGGCACAAUGAAUCAAAAACA